AUGAGUAGCAGUGAGGACAGCGACGAACGUGAAACUGAGAAGGGAGAAGAGUUCAUUGUGGAGAAGAUCCUUGGAAAACGAACACGCAAGGGAGAAGUGGAAUAUUUAAUUAAAUGGAAAGGAUACCGACUAGAUGAUAGCACAUGGGAACCUGCUAAGCAGUGUAAUUGCGAAAGCUUGAUUGAGGAAUUUGAAAGAUCGCAGGAAACUGGUUCACCUCAGAAAAGUAGAAAACGCAAGAACGCUCAAGGAGAUGAUGAAAAGGCGUUGCCGAAGCUAAGUGAUAAUGCCAAAGAUAUUUUCGAUGAUGGGACCUCCGAUGAUACCCCCGUUGUUCGCCCCUUAAAAGUGAAGAACAGGGAAGAAGAUGAUAAGAAGUACGGCGUUUGUGAAGGACGAAAAAUCUCAAGGAUACUUGGUCUGAACACCAAAGGUUCCGAAUUAAGGAUGUUAGUGGUAUAUUCAGAUGCCAAGAAAUUCUACAAGAAGGAUGCUGAACUGGUUCCAUCACGUAUUUUACGGCAUUACGCUCCACAGGCCAUUAAGAUGGAGUGUCUAUUAAGCAAAACGAAUUUUUAA